GUUGUUCAUUAUUAUUAUUUAUUUGUCAAUACUUUUAGUGGUGACUUUCUGUUAGCAUUUGUUCUUAGUAUUUAAAAUAAAUUAGGAUUAAAUUACAAUUGUAAUUAGUGUCUAGUACCUAGGUAGUGUCUUAAGUUUAUACAAAUGAGUAUUAUGAAUCAACUAUUCCCAGCUAAUCACAAAACCAUAUUUGUGGUGGAUCAUACUCCAUACUUUGGGUUGGCUAGUAAUGCAUACAUUAAAAUGGACUUCACAAAACGACCAUCUGGGACCAUACCUCCUGUACCCGUAUUCAAGACAAUGUGGACAUGUAGCAUUGAAGCCGUGGUUGAAUACUGUCGUAUUGUCUGGGAUUUAUUCCCAGAGGGUAAACUUAUACGUGUUAUAAGUAGUGACUUACAACCACGAAACUUGAAUAGCUGGGCAACGAGUCAUCAAAACGUUAAUUAUAUGCUUCAUCAUUUAUCAUUGUUAGGACCGCCUUCCAAACUUGUACCUAAUUCUAGCCGAGACCAUAGUAUCAUACAUGGAUUUCGUAGUGCUGCCGAAGCAAUGACUGAAUGUUCAGCGGCACAAGUGGAACAGGGAUCUAAGAAAAAUAAUAUAGAAGUUCAAAACAAGUAAUACAUUUUAAUAUUUUAUUUUGUCUUAAGAAUAUGUACCUAUAUAAAAUAAUAGAUUAUUUAUACUGUUAUACAUUUUUUAAAUUAAAUAUCAAAACCAACAGGUUAUUAAUAAUUUAUAUAUAUAUAUAUAUUUGAAGAAUAUUAAAAAGUGUAUAGUAUAUGUAUACUGAAUGAAUAUAAUAAUAUAAAGAUUUACCUGUAGAAUAUAUUAUAAAAAUGUAUUUGAAAUUUUGUAAUAUUAUAGAUACUUAAAACCCACUAGUUAAAAUGUUUUUUUAAAAAAUAUAAUAUUAUUUAACAAAAAAAAACAUCUAAAAUAUAGGAGACAGUUUAGUUGUUGUAAUAUUUCUUUUUAAUAAACAUUAGAUAUUAAAUAUAAUUUUAAUAUGUAAGAUUAUAUUAAUUUAGGCUGUAUUUUAUCGAAAUUGGAAUCUACUUAUUAAAAUGUGUUAGUGUUGUUUACUUGUAGGUACUGCAGGGAAUCUAUGUUACAAUGUACUAUGAAAUAAUGAUUUUAAAUGCACACAGUAGGUACCUAAACAUUUAAUUUAUAACUUAAAAAAUUCCAAUAAAUGCACUACAAUGUAAAGGUAUUUACCUAGUAAAUUUACCUGUUUACCUAUUUAAUAGUUUUCUCAAUAUAUCAGUUGGUUAAUUUUUUUAUAUAGAUACCUGUUUACAAGCAUUUUUAAAAAUAAAUUACAUAAUUUCAAUAGAUUGCAAACAACGCAAUCACUCUAUUUAUAUUCUAUAUACAUAAUAAUUAUCUAGUAAAAUUGUUAUUAUUUGCCUUAAACGUUUUUAAGUUUCUACUAUUUUUAAAUUUGCAUACAUAGAUGCUUGUUUAUUAUUAAAAUUAAUGUUAUUUUGUGUUUAUUUCAGGGCCAGAACAAUAAUUCUUACAUCAGCUAGAGAUAAUGCAUCUAUCGAUAACCUCACAUCCAUGUUUAACAGUGAAUUAAACAAAGUGAACAAAUAUGUGACUCCGCCCAAUCAAAUGUGUGUCCAUCACUGCCAUUUGGUAAUCAUUAAUACAUAUCCAGAUUCUAUUACGAGCGAAGUCAUUGAUCGAUCUGUUCAUACAAUAUCACCAAUUUUAGAUUUGGAAGUUCAUUCAAUUCCUGCAUCAAAAAUUGGUUCUAAGGUAGCAAAUCUUUUACUUAAACACUACAAUCUGGGUAGUACUACAGUUACGGGUAUUCCCAUGAAAGAAGAACAAAACGCGAGUUCAUCAGCCAAUUAUGAUGUAGAGAUAUAUCAUGCAGCUACUGCACAUACAACAAUUUUAAAUGCAAAUGAAUCUGAUGCUAAAGCGGUAGUUGCAAAAAAAGAAGGAGCUGACUACAAGACAAUUAAAUUAAAAUGGUGUACCCCUAGGGCAAAUAACAAUUUACCAGAUAUUCACAGUUGUACGACGUUACAUAGAAUCACACCAGUCGAUAUAAACAGUAGACCCAGUGCUUGUUUGAUUACUUUUUUAUUAAAUGGUCGAUCAGUUUUACUUGAAAUGAUCAAACAGGGAGGUGGAAAAAGUAUGUCUCACGUCCUAAAAUCGUACAACGGUGAAAUAUUCAUCCACACAGUGUCAUCUGGUCGUACUAUACUUGAAGAUCCCCCAUCGAUAAGUGAAGGUCCGGGAGGAAAAGUAACACAGUAUAGAGUAGCAGAUUUUGGAAGUUUUAUGAAAUUAAAUUCACUACAGCCGGGAAGAAAAAGAUCAAUAGAGGAUAAAAACGGUAUUGAUGAUGCAAAAGAAAGAUUAAAAAAACAAAGUGCAUAUUGGCCACUAACAACAUCUUCUACUAUAAUAUAUAAUUUAAAACAAUUUAUGGAACCAAUGUUGUCGAUAAUGGUUAAAGAUAAUAUCUCCGAUCAAGAAGUUCUGAAUUGUAAACAAUGUAUUUAUGCGUUGGUAACGGCCGAAUCAAAAAAUGAACACCUUAUUAUGCCCAGUUCUUCGAAUCCUCGAAAAAUAAUAAAAAAGGAUGACCAAUAUAAAUCAAUGUGGGCUGAAUUAGAAACAUUCUUAAAAUCUAACUUAUACACGGAGAACCACUGUAAGGUAUUACAGUGUUUGUUUGAAUGUCGUGGUAAACCUGAUGAAGAAAAGAUUAUUGAAAAAACAUUAAUGCGUUUCAAGAAAUCUCUAGUCGACAGGCCUAGUGUGAUACGUGCUACAACAGACUCGCCUAUGUCUCCACCUUUAACCCAGCAAACAGGAAUUAAACAUUUAGUUCCACAAAAUAAUGCUAACACGGAUCCAAAUAGUGUUAUAUAUUUAAAAUUUAUUAAGGAACACGAAAACUAUAAAUUAAACCAACCCCCACGAAUACAGUUUGCAGGUAGAUUAAAGGCAGUUCAAAUGAGAAAUGGUAAUUUAAUGACAAAACUUUACCAACAUAUAGCUGAGGAAUCUGACAGUAAAAAUUUAAAAUAAUACUCAAAACUGUUUCAAUUUUGAUCUCUUAGAUUACGUGUAUAUUUUGGUAAUUGUAUUACAUUUUGUUUUAUUAGAAUAGAAUAUUAAUAUAUUUGUAGAAAAUGUUCUCAUUAAAUGUUAAUAAAUAUAAUUUUUAUUGUAAUAAUUUCUACAGAAUGGUUUACCAUAAAAAAAGUAGGUACCAAACAAACAAUACAAAAUUUUAUUAUUUAUUAUUUCAAUAAUAUUAUUAAAAUUUUGUUUUGUUUUUGUUUUGCUUUUUCUAUAAAUGUGAUAAUUUAUUGAACUUUUUUAGUUUUAGAGAUAAUUACUUCUAAAAAUGACUACAAGUUGUAUUAUUAUUUUUAACUGAUAAAUUUGUUUAAUACUGAGAAUAUUCUAAAUGCUAAUACAAUUGAACUCUGGUU